AUGUUUCUAAAAGGGGGUCAGAGGAAUGGAGGAGGAGGCAGUUCCCAGCUGCCAAACUACAUCAGCACCCAAGGAUGUGAGGGUAACCGCUUGAUGUCAUCUCAGAAACUCCGAUGUGGAGAAGAAUGUUCUGAGGGUAUUGCCUUACAGUUUUGUUUUGCUUUGUUUCAAAAUCUGAUUCAGCAUGACCCUACCUUUCCACUGGUAGAUUCAAAUGCUCAGAGCCAGAUCAGAAAACGCAUCGUACUUGAGAAACUGAGUAAAGUAUUGCCUGCCCUUCUGGGCCCUCUUCAGAUUACAUUAGGAGAUAUUUACACACAGCUUAAAAACCUUGUCCGAACUUUCAGGUUAACAAAUAGAAAUAUUAUACACAAACCUGCAGAAUGGACUCUAAUUGCUAUGGUGUUACUGUCAUUACUGGCCCCAAUCCUUGGCAUUGAGAAGCAUUCACGGGAAAAUGUGUUUACCCAGUUCUUAGCCACACUGCUGAGUGAAUUAGAUUUAAAGAAUGAAGACCUUGAAAGUUUAACCAUCAUAUUUAGAACAAGCUGUCAACCAAAAUGUUUCUUAGUCAGGAAUCUGGGUAAGGUGAGCUGUGGGGCCUCUGGCUUAAGUUCCUUCCUAAAGAUGCAGUUAAGCUGUCCACAGGGCCACAGUGGUCGCCUGCAGACCUCACCAGGAGACCUCUGAAGCUCACUUACAGGUUCCCUUAAUAAACUCACAACUGCAGUUUCUCACUGACUGUUAUCUGAGACUUUGUCCUCAUUCUUUGCAGGUGGACCUCUCUUAGCACACUUCACAGCAUGACAUGGAGCUUCCCUCAGAGUGAGCCAGUGUGAGAGGGUUCCCACAGUAGAAGCCACAGUCCUUGUGUGACUCGCAGAAGUGGCAGCCCACCACUUUUUCCACUGUAUUCUAUUCGGAAAUAGUCAUUGGGUCCAGCCUACUUUCACGUGAGAGAAUUGUACAAAUAUCGGGUAUGGAUGCCAGGAAGCACUAACAUGCAGGGUCAUCCUAGCAGCUGCCAACCAGAGGUGGCACAAUGGUUCAGUAGUUUCCAGUUUUACAUAGUGUACCACACUGUCCUGGUG